UGGGACUCUCUCCUGGCCUAAGGGUUCGGUCGCAUUGCCGUCAAGUAAGCCUGAUGUGAGGGUAAGGGUGAGUCGCAAAAGGUCGCAGUGUGCUGUUUCCUGUUAGACUCCGAGGCUGAGCUGAGUCAGAGAUGUCGGCAGUCGUUAGUGGGGAAGCCCUGGGUCCACAAAGCGGCUUUGCCAAACGAGUCCUGGUCACGGGCGGUGCUGGCUUCAUUGCAUCACAUGUCAUAGUUUCUCUAGUAGAAGAUUAUCCAGAUUAUUUGAUCAUAAAUCUUGACAAGCUGGACUACUGUGCAAGCCUGAAGAACCUUGAAACCAUUUCUAACAAACAAAACUACAAGUUUAUACAGGGUGAUAUUUGUGAGCCUCACUUCAUAAAACUACUUUUUGAAACUGAGAAGAUAGAUAUAGUACUACAUUUUGCAGCCCAAACACAUGUAGAUCUUUCAUUUGUCCAUGCCCUGGAAUUUACCUAUGUCAAUGUUUAUGGUACCCAUAUUUUGGUGAGUGCUGCUUAUGAAGCCGGAGUAGAGAAAUUCAUAUAUGUGAGCACUGAUGAAGUAUAUGGAGGUAGCCUUGAUGAGGAGUUUGAUGAAUCUUCACCCAAACAACCUACAAAUCCUUAUGCAUCAUCUAAAGCCGCUGCAGAAUGUUUUGUACAGUCAUACUGGGAACAAUAUAAGUUUCCAGUUGUUAUCACAAGGAGCAGUAAUGUUUACGGACCACAUCAAUAUCCAGAAAAGGUUAUUCCAAAAUUUAUAUCUUUAUUGCAACACAACAGAAAAUGUUGCAUUCAUGGUUCAGGACUCCAAAAAAGAAAUUUCCUUUAUGCUGCUGAUGUAGUAGAAGCCUUUCUCACAGUUCUAAAGAAAGGGAAACCAGGUGAAAUUUAUAACAUUGGAACCAACUUUGAGAUGUCAGUUGCACAACUUGCCAAAGAGUUGAUACAAUUGAUCAAAGAGACCAGUUCAGACUCUGAAAUGGAAAAUUGGGUUGAUUAUGUUGAUGAUAGACCUUCCAAUGAUAUGAGAUACCCCAUGAAAUCAGAAAAAAUUCAUGGUUUAGGAUGGAGACCUAAAGUUCCCUGGAAAGAAGGAAUAAGGAAAACAAUUGAAUGGUACAAAGAGAAUUUUCACAACUGGAAGAAUGCAGAAAAAGCUUUGGAGCCCUUUCCUGUGGAAUAAACAUUUUAUAAGAAGAAACAUUUAUGGAGAGAAAAGAAGAAAAUCGUUCUACCUCAUAGAUACUUAAUUUAAAAUCCAAUUUACCAAACAGAAUCUUCUUUCCUUUUGAAAGUAGAUUCGGGUGUUUUUGCACAAAAUCUCAAGGACAGAAUUAUGUUAUAAAUAAUAGGUAUUCUCAGUUCAUAGAAGAAUCACGUUUUGAACUGACUUGAUGGAAUUUUGUUCUAUUGCCAAUUGUGUUCUCCAAAGAUGAUGCUACUUUUCUGCACAAUAGGAAUAACAAUAGAAAAUGAGAUGAAUGAAGUGUAGAGAUGCACAAUUUAACAACUGUAUCUACAAGGAGAGAGUCCAUUCCUUGGUUUAAAAGUUCAUCAGUCAGAGGCUUGCUUCAUAAAUGGUCUAAUAGCUCAGAAAUCAAUCUUGGCAGUAGGGAAGGCAUCACUUGCAGGGUUUGUCCUCUUCUCUUACACAGUGAAUUUGCUAUGGAUCUAGUUCCCUUUGCUGGGGAUUGUUAUAAAUUAGAAUUUUAAGGUAAUACAGAGUAAGUUUUUAUUCCAAUUAAUGAUUGAAAUUCCAUUACAUGAUUUACCAUAAAAUGAGAAAUACCUGUCUGUGCAAAGCAAUAAAGUUGGAACAAGUUGGAAACAUUUUAAGCACUUUUAAAUUUUGGUACUUGAUUUUUAAUAAUUAACUUCAUUAAAGUUACUGUGUAAUUUAAAAACUUCCAAAAGAUUAUAUUUUUUAAUAGGAAUGUAAGAUUUGUAUGUUUAAUUUUUUUUUAACUAAAGUUAUUUUCUAAAUUAGUUAUUUUAACUCCAAAAAAAAUUUUAAGUUGAAGAGGAAAUGUAUUGCAAGUCUCACUUUUGUUUUAUAUUUACAAAAUCAUUAUAUCAAUGUUUUUAAUGAUAUAUUCAUGCUUUUUAUUCUAUUUAAAAUAUAAUAAACACUUCAUAUGUGUAUAUAUAUAUGUAUAAUAUCUAUAUUCAUGACCAAAAUGUAUAUGAAACUAGAAACUUAAAACAUUCAUUCAACAAAUAUUUUUGGAGCAUACUUUGUACAUAUCAUUGAACUUAAAUAUUUUUUUAAAGUGUUCUUUUUUAGAAAUCAAAAAUUUAAAAAUUACCCUGGCAUGGAUUCUGUCAAUAUAAAGUAAUUAUUAAAUAAAAAUUAAAAAAAAAGUAAAGAAAAAAUAGAAAUCAAAAAUUUUUGUUUUUCAUUUUUAAAAUUUCUUUUAUACCAUUAAAUUCAAGUCUUUUAACAUCAGUUCUUCUAACUAACUGCUUAUGAUGGGAAACAUUAUUUAGAUUUUUAACAUUUCUAGUUUAUGUUUACAUAAACAAUUUUCUAGUAAAACAUUUUUGACAUUUCUUCUGUCUCAUUGAAUUUUUUUUACACGUCAUUUAGCGUUUAUUGUUUGCUGACGGUUUAAGUGACAUAAUAUUGUGACAGUGGGAAAUAUGAUAAAGGGAAACACAUGUGAAAGUUGGUUUAGUGAUAUAAAUUUAGCACAUAUUGUGGAGAUUAAUUACUGGAUGCAGAAAUAUCCUCAAGCCAUUCUUGGAACUGAAUUAGUUCCAAGAAUCAUAAAGAUAUUGGGCAAAAGUAUGUGAGCUAAUUUAUCUGUGCCUAAUAUGAGAGUAUUUCUCCAGGGUUUGAUUAGAAAAGUGAGUUUUCUCAAUGGACUCAUUGGUGACUCUCACAUAUUUGUUUUAUAUAAAUGCCUUUUGUAAAUGUCCCACAGUCUUAGAGACUAUCUAAAUUGAUUAGAUUAUGAAUGAAGUUGGGCAGCCUGAUGUGGAUGCUUCACAACAUUGCCUCCCGGUGCAUCUGUGUGUGCAAACAAUUCAGAUAUUGAGGAAACAGGGAAAACAUGGGUGUUCCAUCUUUGACACCAGCUUUGUCAGAACAAUAAUUUGGAUAGAGAAUGAACAAGAACAUGCAAAAGAGUUUGGAUGGGUUGCCAUUAUAUCUCCACAUUAUAUGAUAAUCAAAGACAGAAAUAUUCAGUGUUUCAAUGUCAGCCCCACACCCCCUACCUGUUUCCCCUGUCUUUGUUAUAGGACCAUUACCAAUAUCUUGCACCAGUCCUGAAUCUUGGCUACUUGUGUCUAGCUUCCUGUGAGCCUUCUCCAGUGCUGCAGAGACCAUCUGAUGAACAAUAAUCAAAUCUCCCCCACCCUCAUUUUUUUUUUCAGCUCUGUAAUAUCUGCCUUCACCUGAGGCAGAAACAUCACCACCUGUCAUGAGGCUGAACUUCAAAGGAAGACUGAACUAUCUAAUCAGGACACCUCAUGGUGCAGUGGAUGGAGUGUUGAGCCAGGAACCAGGAACCUGUGUUCAAAUCUAGCCUCAGAUAUUUGUUAGCUAUGUAACUGGACAAAUCACUUAAAGUUUGCCUCAGUUUCCUCAUUUGUAAAAUGAGACUAACAAUAACCAUGUACAUUCCUUUCAAGGGUAAUGUGAAGAUCAAAUGAGAAUUAUAAAGUGCUUAGCACAGUCCCUGGUACAUAAUAAAUCCUAUAUAAGCAGUAUCUAUGAUUGUUAAUCAUCUGCCUCCCUCAGUGAACGUCAGUGGACCUGGGCUCUUUCCUCAAUAAUUAACAUACUCCCACCAUCUCAUUCUUCCCCCUUCCUAAACAUUUUGAACACCAGAUUUCUGAUGGGCAAAUCCUGCCCCCCAUCUCCAGCUACCUUUCCUUCCAUAUUCCUCAAUCUUACCUUCCCUCUUCUCACAUGUAUUCUAUUCUGGAUCUACAGGCUCCUCCCAUUUUGCUCUUUGGAAUGCCUCCUCCAUUGUUAACAAAAUUUUAAUCUUCAUCCUCUCCCUUUUUCACUCAUUUCAUUUUUUGGCACUCACUGAGACCCGGUUCCCACCUGUUAAUAAUAAAGGUGAUACAAAAGUUUUUAUUCCAAUUAA